UUCGCUUACAUCGCAUAGACGUCGCAACUUCGCAGACAGUCGCUGGCUUGGCAGGGCGCCCAAACGUAGUGUAAGGAGCGAAUUGCAAACUUGCCUUUAAUUUGCGCAGUUAACAAUUGUUUUAGUCAACAUGGCACUGGACUAGUAAGGCAUAUUGGACUUCGAUACAUUCAUUGUCUUAACACAUACAUAUACAAUAUGGAGAUGUCGGGGUAUCAGGAUAUCAACGCUUUGGAAAAAUCGGUGGCAAAUGCUGGCUCACAGCUGUAUACUAUGGCGCACAAGCUGCACGCGGUGGAGCGCAGCCUGGACCAGACAACGAUGGAGCAAAUGGAUGAAAUGGAGGUGAUGGAGCUUCUCGAGUCCAUGACUGAAGUAAAAAAUGAAUAUCAGAAUCUACGCAAGGACAUCCAGGAAGUGCAGCAAUUACAGCGUGACGUCAGCACCUCGAUUCGCUUUCAGAUGACCAACAUGCAACAGACAUUUCAAAUGCUCAAGAAGCGGAUUGCCAACUCACAGCAGCAGCGUCGCCAGCAACGCCAGGAUCAACAACUUCAAAGUAGCAAUAACACAACAGCGGUGGGAGCCCACAAUCAAUGAUGAUGAGUGAAUGGGCAGGGCGACAUGACAAAUAGGGCAGGUCGCGUAAGUGGUGGCUAAAUGUUGAACCUAAGUGAGGGUAGGGAAAUUUAUGAAUUUUUAAUGAUUUAUUAUUGAUUUUGCAUACGUUGUAUUCAGAUUGUAUUUCUCGAUAGCUUUAAAGCUAAAGCGAGGGAGAAAAAGGAGAGAGAUAGAGUGAGAGUGCAAGCCAAUGUAAUGUGAAUGGAAACCUGUUGCAAUACUAAUAUAAUUACUAAACCUACUCGAGACAUACAUAUGUACACUGAAAUCGUGUCAAAUUGUGGAAACGCUGAACACCAACAAAUCUUUUUUACCAUUAUACUUGAAAACGUACUGUGUAAGCAGUCUACCUUUUGUACAAUGUGUCGGACAAAAAUAUCAAAACCAACACCAAGCAAGCUUUCUUUUUUACAUUUAAAACAAAUACUACGCUCCGCUAAGCUAACAAAAUCACUCUUCGGUAUCCGAAGUCGAUAUAUCCAAGCAUCGGCGUUGAAGGAUCAAUCUAUUAGCUGUGGCAACUUGAGUACACGGACAUACAUACCUUACAUAUAAUUCACAUAAAAUUAAGACGAAGACUCUGAUAUGGCGUAAUACACACCUAUUAUACUCGUAGCUGUAACUAUAUAGUAUACAUACGUGUAUAAACUCUAAAUACUUUAUGAUGCAAAUCCAAAUGUCUGAUACCGUUUGAAAAGGAUGCACUUCUUCAAAAAUUUGCCUUAACAUAACCAUAUUAUACUAAUUUUUGAUAUAUACACGUUUUAAUAUUAUAAACUUAGGCUUUUCUUAUCAUUUCUAUUAUAAUGAUAGGCCAACGCAAUCUUUUUUGUUCUUUUUGAAAUAUGUUGUUAUUAAAUUGUAUAAGCAAAGCCAAGCACAUUAUAAAAUAAAAACACAAAUAAA